CUGUGGGGGCGCCGCGGGCACCGGGCACUGCCGCUGACCCGGCUGUGAUGGUGUCCUGCGCUCUGAGCGCUGAAAACCAGUAGCAACAGCGGAGCUCCCGUUUCCCUGUGCGUCCAUCCCGGCUUCUCUCUGCCGGGAAGGCGCCGGGGCCGGGAAGUGUUUGGCGUUUUCCCGGCUGUGGAGCAGCGGCAGUGCCUUCCGUGCCUCCCGUGCCUCCCGGCCAGCCCCGGAGCGCGGCCGGGAAGGUGCGCAGCUGCUGUGGGCGCUGCCGGGUCACCCCCGGCGCCGCUCGGAGCGGCUUUUUGGAGCCUCCUGGUGGUGGUGGAAGAGCUGUGAGGUGGGGCACGGGGGGAUCAGGGAUCGGCUCGCUCUGGCAGAGAACUGCACAGUGACUUGCGGAUGUCAUUUUUGGGUUUUGUUUGAUUUUUGCUUAGCACGUACCGCAUCUCCUUUGUUAGGUUAGGAAAAAAAAGGAAAAAAAUACUUCUUUUUAGUGCGGCGAUACUUUAUUGUUGCCAUUCAUUGGAUAUGUUAUCUGUAACAGCCUCUUAAUCAUUGCUACAGCUGACUCAGUUCUUCCCAGCCUUAUGUUUUCGUGCAGCUGAUAGUUCCUGCCUAAGAACUUGAAAAUCUCUCUCGGUCUCUGUCCCGUUUUCCUCCCCGAACGGUGGCCCUGGAUAACAGUGUAACUUCUUGGUCGCCUUCUGACUUGCACAAUAGCACAUGAGCGUGGCCUUUUUAAAGGCACUUGUCCAAAAGGAUGUCAAAACAUCAACCGGUAUCUGAAUGAUUCAGAUGUUUUUUUGGAUCCUCCUUGGGGUGGGGGAAGGGGAAAAUAGGGCAAACUGCUUUUGAUCUAUAGAAAGACAGUUGUGGGUCAAAAGCUGAUGUUUGUUUAGCUUAUGUUCUCAGGAACAGUGAUCUCUGCUUGUUAGAAGCUAAUUACUUGAUGCUGCUGUGAUGCCUCGAGACUUAAUAUAGGAGUGUCAGCUCUCAUCUUUCUACACUCUGCAACAACAAAAAGACGGCCUCUGCCUGAAGGUACCUUCAGGCUUGAUCUAGGAAGGAGGCAGCACAUGUGUGUGGGAGUACAGGGAAAGCCAGUGCUGAUCAGCAGCUGUGCGGUGGCUUGCUAGUUAGCCUAAAAAAAACCAAACUCUUUUCUUCAUAGGCCUUGUGCCAGGAGAGUGUUAGGGAAAGAAGUGGAAGGUAGCUGGAAAGCUACAGACUUCAGGCAUUCACUCAGAGUUCAUUUCCGUAUCCGUGGUAAGCUCUGCCUAUAAUUGAAGCACUCAAACCUUCUCAAGAAGGUGCUUAGGAACACUGUGGGCAUUUGGCAUUUCCUUAGGUAACCCAUCCAGGGCUUAGCAACCUUAAUGGUUAAAAGUGUUUCCUGUCAGUAACCACUGAAAGCUGAACUUUACUGCAGUUUAAAGUCACUUCUGCUUGCUCUGAGUGUAGAAGGUGGCAAUAAAUGUUUACCUCUUUCUUCAUAUAAUUUAGUACUGUUGUAAUUUUUGCCUUCCCUCUGUUAAGCCUUUCCAUUUUUAAAAUUUUAUCAGUUUUCUUUAGACUUCUGAUCAUUUUUGUAGCUGUCAUAAAGAGAGCCCUGACGUUUCAUUUUUAAGUGUGGUCCUUAAAAAUAGACUUUUUUCACAACUGCAGCUGAGCCAGUUGUUUCUGGUCUUGUUUUUUCCUGUAGUUGAUAGUUUCUGUUGAGGAACUAGUGUGCAUAACUUCUUGAGUUUUGCUGUACCUUUCCAUAUUGCUGCUGAAGACUACUUUAAAUUCUACUCCUAUUCUUUUGUGCUAUUUGAAUAAGGAGGAAGCUGCAUAAAUGUGUACAGAAGCAGUACUGUAUGGAGCAGGUGCUUGUCCUUGCAUUGAAAAAGUAGGUGAUGGGGUCUGGUGUCCUGGGAUAAGAUGACAUAGGAGGCCCAAAUGACCCUUUAGUGUGGCCUGAAAGUUCUAGGGUGACAGAGGGAUUACUGGCCUUAAAUAAUAAUCUUAAUGGGUUGUAUCUUCUUUUAAUGGUUGAGUUUGUCUAGUGUAGUGUGUUUUUCUCUCUCUUUCUGAAUGCAGGCAGUCAUACUGUCUUACCUGCAUAUAUUCUUCUCUGUUAAAUUAUCAAACAGGUAUUUAAUCUGUAAUGAUUCUGACAUGCUGUGAUGAUUCAAAUAUUACUAUGGCAAAAUUAACUUGUAGUGAAAUCAGUGGAUAUAUUUCCCAUAGUCUUCACUUUUUUAGCUACUUUAAUGGCUUCUCCUUAUUGGCUCAUUUAUAAAUAUCAAAGGCUGUAAGCAUGCUGAUCUGAGGUGUUUGAACAUUCAGCUUCUUGGUACUAAUGGGAUUUUUCAUCUUAAUUGCCAAAUGCAGAGUUCAGGCUUAUGGUGACCAGUUACAUGUAGAUUUAGGGAAAUGUAUUAAGAAAUAAACAUUGGGUUUAGUUAGCAUACAUGAUACUUUUCCAUGCUCCUUAGACUUACCAUACGUGACUAGUUGGGUGGUUGCUGUGAAAACGAUCCCACUGGUAACCGGUGCACUUUGAACCUGAAGACAGGAUGUGCCUUCCUACUUUGUUAACUUGUAGGCAGUGGCCCUGAACUGAGUGUGAUGGGAGAGAGAAGAAACAUUGCCUUAAGCUUCCUUGAGAGCCCUCACAGGGGCUCUUCUUUGUCAACAAAGGAGAUGAGUUGUCUGGAGCAGAAAAUAUGCACUUGCCCUUCACAUCCCCCUCUGACCCAGAGGAAGACAGGCAGGGAGCUGGGAGAGCACCUUGGUGAGCAUAGACACAAGGCUCCUGUACAAGAGUCCUCCCCUCUCUUAGGAGAAGGUGAGACUGACAACUGAACAGACCUUUCCAUGGGGAGGAGGAUUGAGGGGAAGGCAAUCAGCUCCCACGGGAGACCUUUUUGGUGUUGUUGGUUUUUGGUGUUUUGUUUGGGUUUUUUUAUACAUAUCUAGCUGGGAGGGGAUUGUGAAUACCAGUGAACCUGCCUCUCCUCUUUGAGGAAAAUAUUCACUGGUAGCUCCGACUACACUAGCAAGGGGGCUUUUAACUUGUUCCCCCGGGGUUGUUACCUGUUGCUUUGUCAUUAAGACCCUUGUCAUCAUUUUUUGCAGGUUCACAUAAACUCUUUACAAGUCAUGCCUCUGCAUGUCCCAUACCUAAGCUGAUAAAGCAUCUAUGCACUUUAAUCUCAAGUCUGUGCCACUCUGCUAGUACAGUGUUAGCUGUGCCUUGAACCUUGGAUGUAACGACCUACCAGCCAAAGUCUUGUUCCUGCCUUAGUAAUGUUUCAGAGGUUAAAUAACAUGCUCAUGGGAGAGAUUGAUAGCUUGUCCAGCCAAGAGCCAGAGUUCAGUGAGAAAGAAGACGACGAGUGGAUUCUAGUUGACUUUAUAGCAGACACUUGCACUAAUUGUUCUGUGGAGGAAGCAGACAUUGUUGAAGAAUCAGCCACGGAUGGCUCACCCGUCUUCUCUUGUUUAUCGUCUCCCUUGGAACACUUGCCGGAGGCCAGCGAGUCUUGCUUCAUCCAGUUUGAGUCAUGUCCUAUGGAGGAGAGCUGGUUUAUUACCCCUCCCCCAUGUUUUACUGCAGGUGGAUUGACCACUAUCAAGGUGGAAACCAGUCCGAUGGAGAACCUCCUAAUAGAGCAUCCCAGCAUGUCUGUGUAUGCUGUCCAUAAUGCCUGUCACAGCCUUAAUGAGACUGGAUGUGGAGAUGAGGAGUUUCACAGCCCAGGUAGUCCCAGACUGGAGGCCCGAAAUGAAACAGGACAGCGUGUUCACUGCUAUGUCACGGCUCUUGCUACUCGUUCAACUUUUCUGGAAAAAAACAAGAGCUUUCGUCCUACCCACUGGAUAAAAGAACAUAAUGAAAGACACUGUCUCAACAGAAACAGUCUCCGUCGCCAAAAUCUUACCAGGGAUUGCCACUCUCGGCAAAUCAAGCACAACGGACUGUUUGUUCACCAGCCUUGCCAGCGUCAGUUCAAUUACUGAUGGUUCUUGUGGUUUUAAUCUAUGGUCUAAUUGUUUUUUAGGUUGCUCUUGUUUUCAUGUGUAGGUAAGUGUAGUCAAUCUGAAGCUGAUUGUCAAUCCCUCAAACACAAUCAUAACUAGUGUUGCAUUGUUUUGAAAAGACACAUAAAUCUCCAAACGUCUUGCAGCGAGUUAUGAAUGUUGAUGUUAAAUAUCAAUGUUUUGGAAGCCUAUCAGUAUGAUAGUUUGUGUGCUGUUUUAUAAACUAUGAUGUAUAGAUGGGUUCUUAGUUAGUAUUUUAAAGAAACUUAACUGAGAUGGAAAUCAGUUACAUUUUGCAUUAAUCAAAAUGGAGUUAGAAAAAUUGAGGUUAGCCGUAUGCUUUAAUGACCAGUACUUGACAGCUUGUGUAUCUGUCUGUAUUCAGCAUAUAUGAUUACUUUCUAACGAGGAAAUUCUAUAGCUGCCAGUGGAUAUUACAUAGCUGUGCUGAGCUGUUGCAAGAAGGGCAUCUCAUCUAAAUUGCCUAGUACCUACUUGUGUUAGUGGAGUCUGUGCAGGUGUGUUGGGUACUUGAUAUGGAUAUUGGAAGAGGGUUAAAUGUCCCCCCAGUAUUGUUGCAGUAUGAUAUGGCACCGGUGUUACAGAUGUAGUACCUCACAGUGGAGUGGAAAGAUAAGUGGACCUAGGGUAAAGUGCAGAUGCACAACACAGAGAACUGAACUGGAUUUUACUUGGUACAGUUUGAGUUCUUACUCCUUUCUCUAACUAUUUCUGUCUUUGAUACAUGUAUUUCCCCUACCCUAUCUCAUUUAAUCUCUAGUCUAGUUAAAGAAAAAAGAUGGUGGCUUGACUGUUCUUUUAGUCCCAUCAGUAGCUGACUGCUGAUGGACAGCUAUUUCUGAGCUACAAGUUGCUGUUAGAUUGUUUUGAUAUUUACAGAUUGAGAGUAGCCCAAAAAUAGCUAGAAGGAGGCUUUCAUUAGAAGUUCUCCUAAUUUUCUCUCUUUCUUUCUAUAAAAUGAAGUCCAAGUUAAUGGGGACUUGAAAUGAAGGGCAGUGUGAGGCAGGGAGAAGCAGAUGCUGAAAAACAGUCUUAGAGAACUAAACACAGCGAUAACAGGGUGUGUAAAUAUUGAUCAGCAGUGGUGGUUCUCCUAGCCCAUUGGAGGCAGGACUGGGGCCAACAAGAAAGAAAAGCCAUUGAAAACUAACAAGUAGUUUUCUUAAGAACACUUUGCAAGAUGUUUUGGAAGUUGGCAGGCACUGCUAACUACAACUACAGGUGAAGUAAAGUUCACCUGUAAAAAAAAAAAACUGUGUUCCACAGCAGCCAUACAGCGUGCUGAACCCUGAUCAGUCUGGGAAGUGGAUUAAAUGAGGUGAGGAAGCAGAAAUCUGCACUGACUGAAGGGGGGAAUGAUAAGUAAGUUUAUCCUCCUUUCUUUCAGUGCUUAAUGUGACUUACUGUGUUUUCCCUUGUGUUUAGUGCCUAGGGCAUUAAAGUGUUAACAUUACACUCAACUGUGUCUUCCAGUAGUCCUUAUACAGAAGUUGGUAUAAGGAGUCACAUGGGGAGUCUUUGAAAUCAGGUGAGGUCGAUAAUGUGAAGUAUUCCAGACCUAUGAAGUAUUUUAAAUUCAGCCAAAUGCUUCAAUUUCACUGAAGCAAAACCCCAACAAUUCAGAUUGACCUUGAUAUAGUGGUACUGUUGUACAUUCUGCAGCUGGAAUUGUAGUGGAAUAUAGUGUAGUGUACUUGGCAUACAGGAAACAGCAUUUAUAACCUCUGUUUCACUGCAGAUGUGCUGCUUCACUGAAACUAGUUAGGAGUGUUGCAAAGGGAUGUUGAAAAGUAGUUAAAUGUAUAAAAGCAAGAGGUGCUUUCCUGGACACACUAGUCUUUUUUUUUUUACACAUUGAAUUCACAUGGACACUGAAAGAAAAUAAAAUUAGUCGCAUCGUGAGUUUCCAAAACAGAAAUUUUGUUACUGUUCUUUUCAGCAGUAUGUGCCCAUGUCUAUACAACAAUUCUGUUCUGGUCCAAAUACUCUGGUUUAUCUGCAGAUAGCUGUAGUUUCACCAGUCUCUUACCUGUUCACAAGUACUCUUACAUGCCCUCAGAUUAUCUACCUUUAUCACUCCAGCUUUUUGUCUGGCUUAAACUUUCGUCUCCUCACUGCCAACUUUCUAGCUCAGGAAAAUUCUUUGCUUUCCUGUAUUACUUUUCUUUAUAUAAGGUAAAUACUUUCCUUCAGCUUUAAUUUUCUUAAAGUGAAAUGAAGGAAGAUGGAGUCUCCACCUCCCUAUGUUGGAAGGAGUAAGUAAUCCCUUAGCUCUUAACAGGGAGAUGGAGUUGAGGGCAUAAGGCUCCCAGGCAUUACAAUGAGAGCCUUGGUCUGUUCUUCUCAGUAGGCAAAUAAAUGCAACUUUAGACUGCUCCUAGAAUUGGGAGAUACUGAUCUUUUUAUACUACAUUACUAGAUGACUUUCUGGUGAUGAAAACCUAUAUCUUUCAGGAUAUAAACUAUUUUGUUGCACAAAGCUGUGCUUCUCAAUUUGUAGUAUUGGAAACCAUAUUAUUGUGUGAGAUAGUACUGCAUCAAUGGCUUUUUGUUAAUUUGUUUUACAUAUUUAUGUUGGUCUAGCCCUGUUUUGUGCCUGGAGCUAUUGGGCAAUUAGAUUUGUUUUGGUUUUCUGUUUUAAUAGUGAGCUGUGUGGCUUUUUAUAUGGUUUUUUAAGUUGUAUUAAAGUGUGGGGUUUUUUUCUUGUAAAAGUGGAGGCCUUGCACUGUCUGAUACUGAUUGAUAUUCAUGAAUUUUGCUGAAAUUGUAUUUUCACACGUAUUGGUCAAUGGACAGAUUUGCAUUUUAAACUGUGCCUUCUACGCAGCAAACUUGAAGAUUCAAAAGGGACAUUUCAGUUAGGAUUAAUACUGUACAUCAGUCUAUGCAUAUAUGGCAGCUUCUCUCCAGAGCCACUUCUCUAUUUGUAGCAGUCCUUUUGAUAUGGAAGAAUGUCUGGCUCUUAUUUUUAAUAGUUUAACACAAGCUGAAAACAGACAAAAUAUAGCACUUUGCCAAAAAGUAGCAUUGCUUAACCAGUGUGUAUUUACUAAAGUGAUCUUCUGUAUUUUGUUUUCAUCGUGCAUCCUGUGCACCAUGGGGAAACAUGAUCUUAACUCUCAAUAAAAAAUGGCCGAUUAAAAA